AUGGAUUAUUAUCGCAUACUAAACGUUACCAGGUCAAGUGCAUCGUCCAAGGAGAUUAAAACCGCUUACUUUCAACUUGCAAAAUCUCUCCAUCCAGAUGUGACUGGCAAUGAUCCGAUCAAAGCCGAACGCUUCAAACACAUCAGUGAAGCUCAUUCCGUACUCUCGGACGUCAAAAAACGAGGUGAAUACGAUGCUUCCCGUCCAAUUCAGAGCUUUCAGUCGUACGAUACAUCAGGAAAGACCCAACAUCCCUAUGCUGCUACUGAAGGUGCCCCGGACCUUCAAGCACGUCCUCUCUAUGGUAUUGAUGAAGAGGUGUGGCUUGCACACCAUUAUGGACCAGAAGCUGCUCGACGGAAUGGCAUGCCAUCACGUUAUUACGGGAUGAAUGUCGUCGAAGAACAGCUUGAACAAGAACGGGAACGGAUUCGUCGUCAUCAACGGCACUUGAAACUCAAUCGAACGGCCGGGUAUUUCGUACGACGUGAUGCCCGUUUGAAGAAAAAAUUGCAAGAAGAACAAGCUCAAGCAAAAGAUGCAGGAGACAAGGACGAGUCGAAGGACGGCUGCGUUAUCACUUGA